UGGGAGAAUUAUUUAAAGGAGACGUCUUCUAUGCCAGCGUCCCCCAGCUGCUUUAGACAGUCUAGGAUUCCUCCCACAAACGGCUUCAAAGUGGGUAUGAAAGUGGAGACGUACGACCCAAGGAACUCCACCUCGGUGUGUAUCGCCACUGUGAUGGGGCUGAUGGGAGCACGUCUUCGCCUGCGCUUGGACGGCAGCGACAGCACCAAUGACUUCUGGCGGCUGGUCGACUCUUCGGAUAUUCAGCCAGUCGGCACGUGUGAGAAGAGUGGAGACAUGCUCCAGCCACCACUAGGUUUCCGAAUGAACGCGUCAUCCUGGCCCAUGUUCCUGUUAAGAACUUUAAGUGGAGCCGAGAUAGCACCAGCCUCUGCAUUUAAAAAGGAGCCGCUCAAGCCAUUGCAAAACCUUUUCAGACUGGGUAUGAAGCUGGAAGCAGUGGACAGAAAGAACCCGAGUCUGAUCUGCCCUGCCACUAUCGGACAGGUGCGUGGAGAAGAGGUCUUUGUCAUGUUCGACGGCUGGCGUGGGGCCUUCGAUUACUGGUGCAAAUACUACUCCAGAGACAUCUUCCCCAUCGGCUGGUGUCACCUGACCAAACACAGUCUCCAGCCCCCUGGAACCAGCUUCCCUCUCCCUCGGAGCCCGAUUCCUUCUCUGUUGCCGUCCCGGUCGUGGCGCCACUCCAUGCAAUCCCCGUACCAGCUUCCUCACCCGCUGCCCCCACUGCCCGUCAGGAAGGGCGUGCGGGGCCGUCGGCCCAAGAGCCAGACCAUCGCCAUGCUGAAAGCUAUACAGAAUGGCCAGGCGGCGUCACAGAGCGGCGCCACCAAGAGCACCGGGCCUGAACACCUGGAGCCACGGCUGCACAAGAAGAGAGGACCCAAACCUGGCAGCAAGAGAAAGCCGCGAGUUCUUCCUCCUCUGUCCAGCCCGUCUCUGUCUUCCUCCGUGUCAGACGGCAGACUCUCCAGUAUUCAGAUGACCAAAGACUCUGGGGUUUUAUCUACAGUGUGCGUGUACGUGAACAAGCAUGGUGAGUGUGGGCUGCAUCUGGACCGAAAGCUGAUGCUGCAGCUGCCGGAUCAUUUCGGACCAGGCCCAGUGAACACGGUGCUGCAGCACGCCGUACAGGCAUGUGUGGACUGCGCCUACCAGCCCAAAACGCUCUUCAGCUUCCUGCAGUCUCAGUCAGACGGCGGAGAGAUCAUACGAGUUCGCUCAGAAGGAGGGAUCCACUACGUUAAGCUACCUCGAGCCUCCAGCGCUUCAUUCGUUCUGCGCUUCCUCGAGACUCUGUGUCACCAUUUGCAGUCUGACAACCUGUUCAGCAGCCAGCCGUUCAGUCCCCUAUCCGCUAACACGCACAAUGCCUACGACAGGAGCAAGUCAGUGAAGGAAGAGACGUCAGAAGCGUUAUCAAUAGUGCGGGGCAGCAGACGCUUCACCAGAGAAUCCUCCAUCUAUAGCACUCCUACUCCCACCAACCCACCCAGAACAGACACACACUCUUCAGAAGCAGAAACACUCCCAUCAGAAAAUGGCAUCUCUGCCGAGCAGCAUUUCUCUGAGGAGACCAUGGACACCAGUUCUGCACCGUCUCGGCCUCCUGCACAGCGCACUUCAACCGAGCAUCGUAAUCCAGCCGGGAACAGCCCACACUACUCAACCCAGCAGCCUCCUCUGCGCCGUAUCACCUCCAACCCAUCUGAGCUGGCCAACACACGCAUGCUUAGACGAGUGGAAGCUGCCAGCUCCACCACCGGUCCAGAUCACCAGACGACUGAGCGAGAGACAUCCAACAGGAGCCCAUCCUCAUGGAGCAUAGAGGAAGUGAUGCAGUUUGUGCGGGAUGCAGACCCUCAGGCCUUAGGGCCGCACGCCGAACUCUUCAGGAAGCACGAGAUUGACGGCAAGGCUUUAAUGCUGCUACGAAGCGACAUGAUCAUGAAGUACAUGGGCCUGAAGCUGGGUCCUGCGCUCAAACUGUGCCAUCAUAUCGAAAAACUUAAACAGGGCAAACUGUAGCUCGAUUCACUCGAGCCCCGCGGACACACAUAGCCUCCAGCGGGUGGCGUCUGUGCGCACAUCUAAGAGCACAAUGUCCCCAUGCAGAGCUCUGGAGCUGGGCAAGGACCUGAAGAUGGAUUUGCUCAGAGCAGAUGUAAAUACCAAAUCCUUGUAUCGGGAAAAACCAGCAACAACAAUCAUAAAACCACGCAAACCAUCAAGAGAAGAACGAGAGCCAAAAUUGACGUCAAAGGGUCUAUUAGACAGCAAGAAGGACAAAACGCUCCUGUCACAGGACUCAUUUAAUUUUAGGGAUCAUCUUAGACACAAACGCGGGUUUAAACACUGACACUAUGACCUCAGCACCUCCUUUUGAGAGAAGGAACAAUGCAGGAACUAUUCAGCAACUGGACUAAGCUAAAUCCCAAAGGAUUUCUUUGUCUAUAUCAAAACCAUGCUAAAACUGUACUCCCCCAAACCCCCCUUUCUGUUUCCCUUCCCCAGUUUCAAUAGUCAUUAAAAAGGAAAAUAAAAACAACAACACAUUAGGUAAUGAACCAUCAUGUAUUAUUGAGUAGAGAGAUUUACAUGCUCUUUUAUUUGUGAACAAAGAAACACCAAAAAAAGAUGUUAAUAAAAUAACCACUAAAACCAUAAUAUAAGUAUAGUGAUACAAAUGUCCUACAACAAAACCUCAUCUUUAGCCAAAAGCAACAAGGCAGCUAUCCAUUUUUCAUAAUAUAAAAUAGAAUAUAAAGCUAAAGGCACAAAUCAGUUACUGUAGCGACUGAGCUUUUUUCCCCUUUUCAAUGUAUUACUCCUCAGGAUGUGUUUUUGCUUUUUCUGUACAUCCAUUUGUUAGAUCUAAGCCAUGUAAAUCAUGUAAAUGUCUAUAUACAAUUCAUCCUUGUUUACACAAUGUACACCUUGUUAAAUAUGGGGUAAAGUUUACAAAAAAAAGGUUCUGAAGAUUUCAGUUGAAGAAACACUUCACAGACACCUAAGAGCUCUUUGUAGACCUUGUUAUAGAUAGAAUACCACUUAUUAAAAUUAAGAACAAAUUCAUUACUCCUUAAGAUUACUCCCAGGUUGUGAUUUUAUCAUCAGAGGAAUCUAUACGGAAAAUAAUAUGCACAUUGUCGGUGAAGUGAAUUUCUCUUCUGCGAGCAUAGAAUUGAACUGUAAAUCCAACAACGAUGAGACUCUUGAUUCCAUUCUGAUUUCACGUGUGACUUGAGCAGAUUGUUUCUCAAUGACUCGGUCACAAUAAUCAAAUACCAGACGUUUUAUAUGAUAUUUAAGUGAUCUCUUGCCCUUUUUUGUGUUGCAUAAAUUUUCAUAUUUCUGUGUUUUGAUUUCAAUCUUAAAUAAGCACAAUGCUGCUUUUCUUUUUUAAAAAAAAGAUUUGUACACUUUUAUAUGUGUUGUUAGUUUCAGCAGUUUAGCUCUUAGGGCAUCCCUACAUUUCUGUUCUUCUCAGGUUCAAGUUUUUAGUGUUUUGUAUACUUUUCUACAACUGCGUAAACUGUUUGCAUUAAAAUAAGAUAACAUUUUUUCAAGUAUUUUACUGGAACAAAACUUGAAAAGAGGGUUUGUUUGACCUUGUUUAAAAAGUAU